UUUUGUUUCUAACUUUCCUUCUCCUCUCUUCCCCUCUUUUUUUUUUUAUUUUUUUAUUUUAUUUACCCAUUAGCAAAAUCUUCAUGAGCAAUUACAAAGAAGUCUGUACAGUUCCUACAGAUUUUGGUGUCACUUUCACAAAACUGAAAAGCGAAAAGACAGGCCUUACUGUUAUGCUGGCCGAUAUUGAAGCUCCACUUGUAAACGGAUAUUUUACACUAGCAACAGAAAGUUUUGAUGAUUUUGGAUGCCCUCAUACAUUAGAACAUCUUGUAUUUCUUGGAAGUGAGCAAUAUCCGUACAAGGGCGUGCUAGAUUCACUUGCCAAUCGAGCUAUUGCACAAGGCACCAAUGCUUGGACUGAUGUCGAUCAUACAUGUUACACCAUCACAACUGCAGGCUCAAAAGGCUUUUUAAAUUUAUUGCCAAUCUAUGUAGAUCAUAUUCUAUAUCCUACAUUAACAGAUACGGGCUAUUAUACUGAAGUUCAUCAUAUCAAUGGAGAAGGUGAAGAUGCGGGUGUUGUUUAUAGUGAAAUGCAAGGAUGUCAAAAUUUAGGUGAUGAUAGACUUCAUCUUCGUAUGAAAAGAAUCAUUUAUCCAGAAACAUGUGGAUAUAGGUCAGAAACAGGAGGUCUUAUGGAAAGAUUAAGAGAGUUAUCUGUUGAAAAAAUUCGUAAUUAUCAUCAAUCAUAUUAUAGGCCAGAUAAUCUUUGUUUAAUUAUUACUGGUAGAGUUGACAAGGAUGAGCUUUUAAAAGCAUUAGAACCUGUAGAAGAAUCAAUUAUUAAAAAGGGGUCUCUUCCAAAGAUGCAAAGACCUUGGAUCAGUACAGGUGAUUUUCCUAACCUUGAAAAGAAUAUUGAGGAGACAGUACUUUUUGCUGAUGAGGAUGAGUCGAUGGGUACAGUCCUAAUUGCUUGGAAUGGUCCUAUGUGUAAUGAAUUCCUUAAACAAAAAGAGCUCGAAGUUUUGAAUGUUUAUCUUACAGAUUCACCUGUAUCUGUUCUACAAAAGGAAUUUGUUGAAAUUGAAGAUGCUCUUUGUACAGAUGUUUAUUUCCAUAUUACGGAUCAUUUAAAAUCAUCUUUGAUGUUUACCGCUUCGAGUGUCCCUAUUGAAGAAAUGGAGCAUUUCCCCAUCAAGUUUUUUGAUACUUUACGACGACUUGUUGAUACAAAUGAUAUAGAUAUGACUAGAAUGGCCACUGUAAUCGAAAAGGAGAGAUUAAAGUUACUAAAUAGUGCAGAAACAGAUGCUCAUGAUACUGCCGCAUUAGUUGCUAUUACUGAUUUCUUAUAUGGUUCACCUGAUGGAGAAAAUCUUAAAGAAGCUGUCAAAGAUCAGGAUUACUUGAACAUUCUAUCUAAAUAUACAGUGUCUGAUUGGCUUAAUGUCAUCAAAAGAUGGUACCUUGAUGCCCCUCAUGUUACGUUAUAUGGUAAACCAUCUGCUGAAUUUGCCGAUCAGCAAACAGAGGAAGAAACCAAUCGUAUUGAAAAACAACGAGCUGAUCUUGGUGAUAAAAGAUUAGAAGAACUUCAAAGAGAAUUAGAAGAUGCUAAAGCUAAAAAUGAUGUACCUGUUCCUAAAGAAAUUUUAGAAGAUUUCAAAAUUCCAUCUGCUUCUACUAUUCAAUUCAUUAAUGUCAUUACUGCUAGAAAUAAUGAUUCAACUUUAUCUAACAAAGUCCAAGAGCAUAUUAAUAAGGACGAUAGUGCUGAUGUCCCUUUAUUUAUUCAGUUUGAUCAUAUUAAAUCACACUUUAUUAAAAUUUCAGUACAUGCCAGUAAUUCCAUAAUCCCAUCUCGAUUACUUCCUUAUACUAGAUUGUUCUUAAAGGUUAUCUUUUCACUCCCUAUUGAAAAAGAUGGCAAACUUAUUGAUUACGAAGAAGUUGUUAAGGGUUUGGGAGAAGAUACAAUUGAGUAUGAAGCUGCAUUGGGCACCAGUUUUGGCUUUAGAGAAUUAGCAGUUUUCACUUUAAAGGCAGCCUCAUCUAAAUUUGAGAAAACUAUUCAAUGGUUACAAGAUAUUUUAUGGAACACUCAAUUUACAGUAGAAAGAUUAAAAAUUGUUGCUGCUCAAAUUUUAAAUGAUAUUCCUCAAGCAAAGAGAGAUGGUCAUGAUAUGGUGAAUGCUACUUUACGUGCUCUUCAAGUUGAUCCUAAAAAAUCAAUGUAUGGUGCUCGUAAUAUUUUAUUUCAAAAUGCAUUUUUACAAGAUGUAGUAAAAAGAUUAGAGUGUGAGCCUUCUUCAGUUUUGGAUGAUUUAAAUGAAUUUAGAUCUAAAUUAUGUGCCCCUGAAAAUCUUAGAAUUCAUGUUACUGGAGAUAUUUUAAGAAUUGAAAAUCCUAGAACAGCAUUUAAAAAUUUUGCAAAAAUAGAAAAGAAUUAUCAAAUAGCACCUAUCACUUUAGCUAAAGAAGUUCUUAAACCUGCUGGUCUUGAGCCUGGAAAUCAUGGUUUGUUGGUUACCUUACCUGCAAUUGAAAAUACAUUUUCACUUCAUUCUGUUAAAGGACCUAGUCAAUUUGAUGAUCCUGAUAUUGCUCCUUUACUGGUUAUGAUUGAACUUCUAGAUACGAUGGAAGGAAUUUUCUGGAAAUUAAUCCGUGGCCAAGGAUUAGCUUAUUCUUGCUUUUUGAAUGCAAAUAUUGAAUCAGGCUUAAUCAGCUUUACUAUCUAUCAAUCUCCUGAUGCUUUCAAAGCCUUUGAACAAGCUAAAAAUGUGAUUGAAAAAUUAACUAAACACGAAAUGGAUAUUGAUCCCGCUUCAAUUGAUGGAGCUAAAAGUGCAGUUAUUUAUAGCUUAGUAGCAAGAGAAAAUACGAUGGAUCGUGCAGCCCUUCAAUCUUUCGUGAAUCAGGUUUUAAAGAAGAUGCCAGCAUCCUACAAUCAUGAUAUGCUAAUUGCUAUACAGAAUGUCACUAUAAACAACUUGCAGCAUGUAUUGAACAAAUAUUUUGUAAACUUGUUUAAACCUGAUACAAGCAAUGUAGCUGUCAUUAGUGCUCCCACUAAAGUAACGGACAUUCAAAAAGGUUUUGGAGGAUUAGGAUUCGAAUUAAAGUCAAUUACCUUGAAUGAUAUUACAAUUGAUUCCUUUUAUUAAAUCAUAUCAAGAAAUUUAAUUAUUUUUUUUUUUUAUUAUUAUUAAUAAAACAUGACUUAUCACGGUA